AUGGCCGAACAAUAUGAACCUUCUCUCAUGGAUCUCCCAAAGGAACUCUUAAUCCAUACAUCUUCUUUCCUCUCGAAGACAUCAGACCUCAGCGCUCUCUGCCGCACAAAUAGCACAUUCUACAGCCUCCUUACAAAAACGCUAUAUCGCCUGGAUGUCCAUCAAAACAGCACGGCCCUCCACUGGUCCGCAAAACACAAUCAGCUCUCAACAGCAAAGAAGUCCCUAUUCGCAGGCGCAGAUCCCCAAAUCGCGUCGGAUUUUGAUAAAAACAUGAAAGGCUGCACCCCACUCCUCCUUGCAGCCUACUACGGCAGCAGUGAUGUACUAUACCUCCUGCUAGAAAUCGACGACAUAAAUUUCAACCCAAACGCACGGGAUAGGAAAUAUCUCCGCCCUCCAAUUUCCUGGGCCGCAAAGCAGGGUCAUCGACAUAUUGUCCGUGCGCUAAUAAGAGACGAGCGCGUGGACGUUAAUUUGGAGGAUAAGAACGGGGAUACGGCACUACUGACCGCAGCCCAUAUCUCCGACUGGGAGACCGUUUCCUUAUUAGUCGGGAGUGGACACGCAGAUCCCAGAUUGCAGAAUCGGCAUGGUGCGACAGCGUUGUCGAAGGCAAGUCGAGAACGAGAUGCAGAGCGGGAUGUGGAUCUAUUAUUCGCGGCGCAUUUGAGACUUAUUCUUGAUGGUCAUAACCAGGAAAGCCAUGUACAACAUGUGUUUUUCUAUGCGGCGAUUAUGGGGCAGCUGGAGAUUGUGCAGUAUCUUGUGCAGUUCUUUGGAGAAAAGCUGGAUCCCAAUGGCGGAGAUCGUGGGUAUGGACGGGGAGCAUUUUCGAUAGCGGCGGAAAGGGAGCAGAUUGACAUUGUGCGGUUUCUGCUGAGCUGGGAGAGAACAGAUCCUAAUUUGCGAGAUGGGUGGCAACACCAGACGCCUCUUUUUGUGGCAGCUAAGCAAGGACGGGUGGCUGUUGUCAAUGUGUUGAUGGAGAGCGAGAGAGUGGAUCUGGAAUUAGCGGAUGUUCAUGGGACUACGCCAUUGAGUGAAGCUGCAACGAGAGAAGGCAAUGGAAGUGUGAUUAAUAGUCUAGUAACAGGGACACGGAGGGCCAAUUUGAAUGCGAGGGAUCAGAAUGGCGAGACGGCGCUUUACAAGGCUGCUGCAAUGGGAUUCCUGGAGAAUGUGAAUGCCUUGUUGGAGGCUGUCGGCAUCGACCCCAGUUUGGGGGAUUUAGAAGGAAGAAGCCCGUUAGAUAUAGCCAGGGAUUAUGGAUAUCCACUUGUAUGUAAGAGGUUGGAAGCCAUUUAG